AUGCCCGCCACAGCGUCCCGUGCCGUUCUGCGGCAGUCGCAGUUCUUGACCCGGAGGACCGCGGUCAGACAUGCCUCUUCCUCCUCCGAAGCUGCCUCUAAGGCGAGCGACAAGGCCUCUUCCGCUGCUUCGAAGGCCUCUGAGGGUCUCUCUCGUGUUACCUCGUCGGCUGGCCCUGCCCUCACGAAUGCUGCCCAGGGUCUCGGUGGUGCUUUGAAGAAAGUUGGUGGAAGAACCGGAAAGGUCAUUACUUUUGUCGAGUCCAUGAUACCCCCUACCGUCUACUACUCGAGAGUCGGACUUGAGCUCGGCAAGCUGGUUUUCCGUGGCCAGAACAUGACCCCUCCCAACCUGGCUACCUUCCAGUCUUACUUCCAGCACCUCCUCAACGCCGCCCGCAACCCCUCAUCCAGCCCCCUCUCGUCGCAGAACAUCCUGAACCGCAUCCGUAGCGCCAACGCCAAAGAGAUCGCACUUGCCGGUGUCACCGCCGCUGAGGUUCUCGGUUUCUUCACCGUCGGCGAGAUUAUCGGAAGAAUGAACAUUGUCGGCUACCGGGGGGAGGUUGCGCACGGAGAGCACCACUAG